AUGUUCCCUCCGUUUACAGCUGGAGCCCUUUACAUACUAUCUCGUGACAUAUUAUCGCUUAUAGUUACUGACGCACCGCGUCUUUUCACCAAAAAUGAAGAUCAAAAUUUAGGAAUAUGGCUUUUUCCACAUAAUAUCAAACCAAUUCACGAUAAACGUAUUCAACAAGCUGAUGUUUGCGAGGAUGAUAUGAUUGCAAAACAUUUUAGUGAUUCAUACGAGCCUGAUAAAAGUAUGAAGGACAUAUAUGAGAAUGUUGUCAACAAUAGGAGAAUGUGCGAAGGAUUUAGACAAAGGUAUUGUGCAUUGUGUUAUACAUGUUGGGGCAGAGAAAAUCAUUGGAGGGAUUGGAAUUUUGAUUGUGAUGAAGUCAAAGGUAUAACAUUGUUGGCUCAACCAGCUUUGACCAUUGAGAAUCCAUCCACAUCUGUCACAGUUUUUGAUGAACCUAUUAUUAAUGUGACUAUGGGUAGCAAAGAGGAUGAAUGGAUAAUAUUAGAUCUUUUGUCACAACAUUCAUCGAUCUACUCAUUGACAGAUCAAUGGUAUUUAUUACAUUGGGUGUGUUGGACAACCGAUCCAUCCACAUUUCAAGAACGACACUAUAAAACAAUAGAACUUAUAUGGGUUCAUACACCAAAAGCCAUUGUAUUUGUUCUGACGACAACUUUACCAGAAGAUUUUUUUGAAGAAUAUCAGAAUCAAGGCUAUCAAAUUCAUGUGAUUAAAUUUAAUAAGGAAUUGUUAUUAGAAAGACAAUGGUUUCUUGGACAAAAUUCUAAAAAUUGGUUACAUUAUUGGAGUAAAUGGGAGAAAGAGUCGCAAUUUUUCUUUUCACAUCUCACAGAUUAUAUGAGGUAUCUUCUACUGUAUAAAUAUGGUGGAACAUAUAUGGACAUGGAUGCACUUUGGAUCAGGGCACCGCCGGAUCCUAAACUUCAAUUUAUAGGAUCAGAUGCAUCAAAUGUUCCAUCAGAUUCAGAAUGGACACUGGAUGAAGAUGGAACAUAUCUUGCACCGGGGGUUAUGAGAUUUCGUAAAGGAUGGUCAAUGUUUAGAGAGAUUGCGGAAAGGGCAUUUUCACCAACAUAUACAACAUCAUGUUUCAAUUGCGUUGGACCUCGUGCCAUUACGAUGUAUGUUAAAGAGUAUCGAGAAAUUUUAGAGAAAAAUGGAUUACUUAUCCUUCCCAAUAGAAUUUUAUAUCCACGUAAUUAUUUACAUAUUGAUAAAUUAUUAAAACCAGACCCAACGGCCUAUAGGGAGUUAUCUAAAAUAGAAAAUUUAUCAUGGAGUAUACAUUUAUUUGGCAAAAUGACAAAUCAUUUACUGAUAGAGGAUAAUAGUGUAGUUGCUUUGGUAAUUAAGAAAUUUUCAUUAGACAUACCACACCCUCCAGCGCCUUUAUCAUCCGUAAGUGGUAAAACAGAUUAUUAUAAAAAUAGGAAAAUGGAAUACAAGUUUCAAUUGGAAGGUCCUAGAAAAUAUCUAUUUGUUCCAGAAACUGCUGCAGAAGAAGUUGAUAAAUAUGCAGGAUCAGUUAAUGGACAAUUUCAAGGAUUAAAUGUGAUUUUUAUACGUGGUGGAUCAGCUAAAGCACGUAAGAGUGCUAUAAUUGCCAGAGCAAAAGAAGGAAAACUAUCACUUAAUCAUCAUGGGGGGGAGUGGAGUGAAACAUCGAUUAUAAUUCAUAAUACAACUAAAAAAGAUGUCAACGCAGUACUAAAUUCAUUAAUCUAUAAACCUAGUGAAGAAUUAAAAAGAAUGGGAGGAAAGGAUAAAAUUCAAGUUGAAGUUACAUUUGAUGACGAACAUGAAGAAUUGGAUAUUGAAGUUUUUGUACCAAUAAUGUAUGAUUUGUAUAGUAAUGAUAAAAUUGGUGAACUUUUAAGAUAA